GAGUGAGAAAUGGGAGAAAGUAGUCUCCUGGGAAAAUCAUUGGCAUGGGGAGUAAUCCCAUGCUCUCACCCCACACAUGCGCACCUCUCGCACAAUUACCCUUAUAUCCUCCCACGAAGACGUCACACCGAAUAUUCGAACCGUCUAUCUCAACGGGCAGUGCAUUAACAAAGGAAAAAAAAAUACAGCCUAAAAAAAAAAAUCACGGGUCUUUGGAUGGAGCACCAUUGCCUUGGUACAAGUAAUGUCAAAAGUUUUCUAGACGCCCCUUCCAGGUCAUCCAAAGCAGAACAUAUUAGUCAAAGUAAACACAGAUACUUAAAGAACCUGAUUGGUUGAAAAGGGGACGGGAGGACUGCCUUUUGUUGAUCUGAAUGGACGGGAGGACUGCCGCCUUGUCGAUUGAGUGGAUGGGAAGGCCGCUGCUUGCUGGGGAUAAGUUGAGUGAAACUGGAGGACCGCCGCUUGUUAAAUUUGGACAGAACAGGCUGACUCUGAGGUGGACUCCCCUAGGGAAUUGGUCAUGGGCGAAUCAUCACUGCUUGGGGACCAAUCCUUCUUCAGCACACAAAGAACUCCAACAAUCAAGGGUAGGUCGCGUUAGGGAAGUUAAAUUCCAUCUGAUGGGAAUCAGAGCCAAUCUCCUUAUCAAGGACCAUCCGAGUCAGAGCAAUAAGGCUGUUGGAAUAUACUCUAAUAGUUAGACCGAAGUGGAUCAGAACAGGUGGGUGGUUGUCGUGGACAGGUGAACCAUCAUUGAUUUGAAGUUGGACGGGCAAACCGUCGUUGAUUUGAGAUUGGAUGGGCGAACCGUCAUUGAUUUGAGAUUGGACGGGCGAAUCGUUGUUGAUCUGAAAUUAGACAGGUGAACCAUCGUUCAUCUGAAGUUAGACGGGCGAACCGUCGUUCAUUUGAAAUUGGACGGGCGAACCGUCAUUCAUUUGAGGUUGGAUGGGCGAACCGUCGCUGAUUUGAAGUUGGACGGGCGAACCGUCGUUGAUUUGAGGUUGGACGGGUGAACCAUCACUGAUUUGAAGUUGGACGGGCGAACUGUCCUUGAUUUGAGGUUGGACGGGCGAACCGUCGCUAAUUUGAAGUUGGACGGGGGAACUGUUGUUGAUUUGAGGCUCUGGCUCCGGCUCCAGUUCUUGUAGUGAAUAGAUCCCAGCACAUUCAAUGGAAGAAGCUGAGCAUCUCUGUGACAGUGUAGGAAUAUUUGUGGAUGGCAGCUUGCAAAGCAUAGGAAAUGCAAAACAGUUAAAGGCCCGAUAUGGAGGAUCUUAUGUGUUCACAAUCACGACAUCAUCGGACAAUGAGCAAGAAGUGGAGAGGUUGGUUUGUGGUCUCUCCGUGAGUGCUAACAAGACGUACCACAUAUCUGGAGCCCAAAAGUUUGAGCUUCCGAAAAACGAGGUCAGAAUAGCAGAUGUGUUUGAAGUAGUUGAGGCUGCAAAGAGCAAAUUUACUGUUCAAGCGUGGGGUCUAGUUGAUACUACCUUGGAGGAUGUCUUUAUCAAGGUCGCACGUGCGGCAGAGGCCUUCAACGUCAUAUGAUCGCUAGUGCCAAUAAAGUUUGAGGAUUCUGCAUUACUGCGAUGAUAAAAAACUGGUUUACUUCAGAGUUAUUUAGUUGUUGUAGGGAGGUGAAAAAACUGUAUAUGAAUGUUAAAGCAUUCAUAUGAAUGUUAUUUGUUUAGAGUUAUUUAGUUAGUUAGUGUAAUUUGUUUUCAGAACUGUUCACUUAACAAUAUGAAUGUUAAAGCAUUCAAGCUUUGUAAUAAUAGUAUAAUAAGAACAUACCCAAUAGCCUUCUUUCACAGAUGAUAAUUGUUAAAUUUUCAAAUC